GGCGGGCGCGGGGUUCCGGGCCGGCGCGAUGCCGCUGCACAAGUACCCGGUCUGCCUGUGGUGGCGGCUGCGGCUGCGGCAGGGCAUCUGCGCGCGCCUGCCCGCGCACUACCUGCGCUCGCUGGAGCAGACGCGCACGCCCGCGCCCGUGCACUACCGGCCGCACGGGGCCAAGUUCAAGAUCAACCCCAAGAACGGGCAGCGGGAGCGCGUGCAGGACGUGCCCAUUCCGCUCCACUUCCCCCCGGAGUCCCAGCGCGGGCUGUGGGGCGGCGAGGGCUGGAUCCUGGGCUACAGAUACACCAACAACGACAAGCUCUCGAGGAGGGUGAAGAAGAUAUGGAAGCCACAGCUGUUUCAGCGAGAGCUCUACAGCGAAAUCUUGGACAAGAAGUUCACAGUGACCGUGACCAUGCGGACCCUGGAUCUCAUCGAUGAGGCCUAUGGCUUUGACUUCUAUAUCCUCAAGACCCCCAAGGAGGACCUAUGCUCCAAGUUCGGGAUGGACCUGAAGCGAGGGAUGCUGCUGAGGCUCGCCCGGCAGGACCCCCAGCUGCACCCGGACGAUCCUGAGCGCAGGGCGGCCAUCUACGACAAGUACAAGGAGUUUGCCAUCCCGGAGGCAGAGGCAGAGUGGGUCGGCCUGACGCUGGAGGAGGCAAUAGAGAAGCAGAGGCUUCUGGAAGAGAAGGACCCUGUCCCUCUGUUUAAGGUCUACGUGGAAGAGCUGGUCCAGCAGCUCCAGCAGCAGGCGUUGGCGGAACCCAUGGUGGUGCAGAAGAGAGCCAGCGGGAAGUGACCACGUGGCCCCUCCGUGCCUUGCCACCAGACCCAGCCAUCCUUGCUGGGCCCUUUGGCUUGCGGACACAGCCUGGGGUGGUCUUGUGGACCACCUGUGGGCAGCGGGUGGGUUGGCUUUGCAGAGGCCCUUCCUAGACUGGGUCACAUAAUCCUUACGCCUGUGGGGCCAGGACCGAGUAAAGUCUGAGCCAAGCCGUG